AUGGUGGAGAAAUCCAAGAUCCUGAAGGUAUCGCCUUCCUUGGAAGUUAAGGUCUCUCACAAUGAACGUAGUUGCACGGGAGACAAUAAGGAUGUAUCAGCUGCAAGUAAUGUCAGUGAACACGAUGCUGUGAAGAAUAGCCAGGAAUAUUUUGAACACCAAAAUGCAAAGAAAGCCAGUGGAAAUACCAGUCUUACCAGUGAAGGACAUGGUGGUGCUAGAAGUGAAGACAGCAGAAUAAAAGAAUCCCACGCUACUGCAAGCCUAGUUGUUGGAGCGGCUGAUUUUGUUGAUGGCAAUGGAAAUGGGGGUGGGAAAACCAAGCCCAACCUUAGCAAAAUACCUGGAAGUAAGAGAAACAAAGCUGCCAAUGGAAAUGGUGCUGGAGGGGAAAGUAUUAAUGGUAACAUAGAAGAUGGUGUCUUUGGCUCCUCACCCAAUGGGACUGGGAGACGAAAUGUUCAUGAUACAAGUCAAGCAGAGCUUUCUAGGCUUGAUCAAAAUGAUAAGAAGUGCAGCGAUAGAGAGAAAGCUGCUUCUCGAAAUAAGGUUGGAGAUAGACGGGAUGAUACUGUAGGAAGCCAUAGCAAUCAGGUUCAAAGCCUAGCUAGCACAAAUGUAGGUGUACCUGAAAGAAGAGAGCCUGCAGAUCACACAAGUCUAAAGUUUAUGAGAAAUAAGGUCUAUGGAGAAAGUAUACAGUGGACAGACAUGAAUGAAGGUGCCAGUGGUCAUGGCGGAGAUACAUCUGAAGAAGGAUCUACUGAUGGUUGGAGUGAUGGAAACUCUGAAGACACUAAGGAUCUUGGGGCAAAUGAGACUGAAAUGCAUGGUGCUAGGAGCAAAAGUCAGGCUCAUGACAGUACAGGAAUAGCCAGUCCUAACAAUGGAGGAGAUGGUGACAGAAGCAGCCUAGAUGAUUCUCUGAGCACCAGUGAGGAAGACAGUUCCCAACAAGAUAACAGCAUGAGUGUUGAAAAAGAUGAAACUGUGGAGUUAUGUGACAAAGCAAAGAAGAAUGAAUACAUCAGCAUUCAAAAGAAAAGGAGUGGGCUUCCAGUUUUGAAGGGCAUUGGGGAUGAACCAUACCAGUCAGAACUGAUGGAGACAGUGGCAGUCAACCACACAGCAGUGAGACUGAGGAUGUCAGAACUGGAGCUGAGUGAAGCCUCAUCCAGCGUUCUCUUAAGAGAGAACACUGAGAUGCUCGCGUCAAAGCGGGGCAAAAAUGGACACAAGAAGAAGGGAAUGGCUGGCAACCGUGGUGACUUGAAUGAGAAAAGAACUGUCCUCCCUGAUGACAGGAAAGCCAUAGGAGGGCUUUCGAACACGAAUAGGUCUCAAGGUGCCUAUAAACAUAGGAACAAGCCUAGAGAAGACUCCAGAGACAUCAGCAAUGAAGACGAGAGCAAUAAUUCUUACAGUUUUAGUGAUGAAUUCAUGCAAGGAGAUAGUCCCAAUGACAGCCAUGAAUCUGAAGGCUCUGAGAACAGUGAACAAGAUGAGGCAGAGAGUACCAGUAAAGAUGCAAGCGAUGAGCGGUCAAAGAGCAAUGGUGGAGAUAGUGACAGCCAACCACACAGCAGUGAGACUGAGGAUGUCAGUCAAUCAGCAAGCAGUGAGAACAAACCUGGUAGUGGUGAUACCAAAUCUGACAGCAGCAGUGAGAGCGAGGGCAAACCUGCUAGCAGUGAAAGCAAAUCUGAUAGCAGCAAUGAGAGUGAGAGCGAACGGGAUAGCAGCAAAUCAAACAGCAGCAGUGAGAGCAAAUCUGAGAGCAGUGAGGGCAAAUCUGACAGCAGCAGUGAGGGCAAAUCAGACAGCAGCAGUGAGAGCAAAUCUGAGAGCAGUGAGGGCAAAUCUGACAGCAGCAGUGAGGGCAAAUCAGACAGCAGCAGUGAGAGCAAAUCUGAGAGCAGUGAGGGCAAAUCUGACAGCAGCAGUGAAAGCAAAUCUGAGAGCAGUGAGGGCAAAUCAGACAGCAGCAGUGAAAACAAAUCUGAGAGCACUGAGGGCAAAUCAGACGGCAGCACUGAGAGUAAAUCCGAGAGCAGUGAGGGCAAAUCAGACAACAGCAAUGAAAGCAAAUCUGAUAGUAGUGGAAGCAAAUCUGUGAGCAGUGAGGGCAAAUCGGACAACAGCAGUGAGAGCAAAUCCGACAGCAGCAGUGAGAGCAAAUCAGACAGCAGCAGUGAGAGCAAAUCAGACAGCAGCAGUGAGAGCAAAUCAGAUAGCAGCGAUGGUAGCAGUGAGGGCAACUCUGACAGCAGCAGUGAUACCAAAACUGACAGCAGCAGCGAAAGCAAAUCUGAGAGCAGUGAGGGCAAAUCAAGCAGCAGCAGUGAGGGCAAAUCAAGCAGCAGCAGUGAGGGCAAAUCGGGCAGCAGCAGCGAGAGUAAUAGCAGUGGUGAGUCAGAGAACAGCCAAAGCAGCAGUCGAGCAGUUAGCAGUGAAAAGGACACCCAGUCAAGCACCAACAAUGAUGCCAGUGAUGAGUCAAAGAGCAAUGAAAGCGAGAGCCAAUCAGCAAGCUAUUCUGACAGCGGGAUGGUGUCGAUGAGUGAUGAAAGUGGUGCUGAUGGCAGCGACGUGACAGAUACAGCAGAAAAUACAAGUGACAGUGAAUCUGCAGAGAGCAAGGAGAGCGACGGCGACUCUCCUUUUGGCAGUGUGGACAGUGAAAGCGAAUCCAUAAGUGAAGGCAGUGAGAGCAAUGACUCAACCAGUGAUUAUUAA